UCUUUGAGAGGAUCACUGCUAUCAGAGAUGGCAUUUUGGUCCAGCACUUCGGUUUUCACCUCUAAAGUGCCCCGGAAAAUCUUAUUCAUGUUCACCCUCUCCCUCUCUGUCACCUACUUGUUCUAUAGCUUGAUGAGCUGCUACAACUCGCUGCAGUUCCCGCUGCAAGAGAACUACGUGUAUCAAGGGAGGCUGGUGACAGAGGAGACAACUUUUGUGACAUUGAGGGAGAAACUUUAUUCCGCCUCCCCGGGCUUGACCGAAUUCACCGAGGCCGAGAGAACCACCGCGGUCUCCACCGUGAAGGAUCAUGCUGAGGCCGAACAAAGGACGGUGGAGUGGAUUAGGACCCAGGCGUCUCCCACUAAAUCGGCGGCGGCGUAUCACACCACCGCGCUGGAGAGGGAGCACCAGGAAAUCAGCACCACGGACAGCGAACUCAGGGCGAACUGCACCAUGGAUUACGGAGAGAAGAAACUUCCUCAAGCCAUCAUCAUCGGGGUGAAGAAAGGGGGGACCAGAGCCCUGCUGGAGGCUCUCAGGGUGCACCCGGACGUCAGAGCCGUUGGAAAUGAGCCACAUUUCUUUGACAGGAACUACGAGAAGGGGCUGGACUGGUACCGGUGA